AUGGAAAUGGUGCCCAGCGAGGAGAACCAGUUCGUAUGCAAAGAGAUCCAAGAAGCCGCAGAGGAGCCCAGAGUGCUGUGUAUAAUCCAGGACAUCACCUGUGCCAAGACGGUCAAUGCGAGGUUGACCUUCAAACUGCCAGCGUCCACCGCCCUCUCCAAACUCUAUGAAGAUGUUGCCCACAAAGCAGGAUAUGUCAAUGGCUCCUUUGAAUUGGCCUGGGGAAACACCCAAGACAUGACACCCUUAGAGCACAGCGGAGAAGUGUCGCUUCUGGAUUCUGGGUUUGAGCCUGGUGGUAAGAGGAAUUUCCUUCAGCUAACAGACAAAGAUGGAGAACAACCACAAGUGGCUUCGGAUGAGUCAGGGGCAGCAGAUAGCAGUGGGCUGGAUGAUGGCUCCCAGGAGCGAUUUAUUGGGCCCCUUCCCAGAGACGGUACCGUUGGCUGCAGUGGCGACUGCCGUAGCCCCUCUUACUCUUACACCUCCAUCCUCAACAAAUCUGAGACGGGUUACGUGGGUUUGGUCAACCAAGCAAUGACCUGUUAUUUGAACAGUCUCUUACAAACACUGUUCAUGACCCCGGAGUUCAGAAAUGCACUGUACAACUGGGAGUUUGAGGAAUCUGAAGAGGACCCAGUCACAAGCAUUCCCUACCAGCUGCAAAGACUGUUUGUUCUUCUCCAGACAAGCAAGAAACGUGCCAUAGAGACCACCGAUGUGACGCGCAGCUUUGGAUGGGACAGUAGUGAAGCUUGGCAACAACAUGAUGUGCAAGAACUUUGCAGGGUCAUGUUCGAUGCCCUGGAGCAAAAGUGGAAGCAGACCGAACAGGCUGACCUGAUCAAUCAGCUGUACCAAGGAAAGCUCAAAGAUUACGUACGCUGUCUGGAGUGUGGAUACGAGAGCUGGAGGAUUGAUACUUACCUGGAUAUCCCUCUUGUAAUAAGACCCUUCGGGGCCAGUCAGGCCUAUGGCAGUGUGGAGGAGGCAUUGCAGGCUUUCAUUCAGCCGGAAACUCUAGAUGGGCCCAACCAAUACUUCUGCGAACGCUGCAAAAAGAAAUGUGAUGCCCGGAAGGGUUUGAGGUUUCUGCAUUUUCCUUACCUGCUGACGCUGCAGCUGAAGCGAUUUGAUUUUGACUAUACCACUAUGCAUCGCAUCAAGCUCAAUGACAGCAUGACUUUCCCAGAGGAACUUGACAUGAGUCCAUUCAUUGACGUCGAGGAUGAGAAGUCGCCUCAGACAGAAAGCUGCACCGAUAGUGGAGCAGAGAAUGAAGGCAGUUGCCACAGUGACCAGAUGAGCAACGAUUUCUCCACUGACGAUUGUGUGGAUGAAGGCAUUUGCCUGGACAGCACUGCCAGCGCAGAGAGGGUGUUGAAACCAAAGAGUUUGCCGAGCUUUGAGCUGUUCUCCGUCAUGGUCCAUUCGGGAAGUGCCGCGGGUGGGCACUACUACGCCUGCAUUAAAUCCUUCACUGAUGGCCAGUGGUACAGUUUCAAUGACCAGCAUGUCAGCAAGAUCACCCCAGAGGAUAUCAGAAAGACUUACGGGGGGUCCUCAGGGAGCAGAGGAUAUUAUUCCAGUGCCUUUGCAAGCUCUACGAAUGCUUAUAUGCUGAUUUAUAGAUUGAAAGAUCCCUCAAGGAAUGCAAAGUAUUUAGCUGUGGAUGACUUCCCAGAGCACUUAAAGAGUUUGGUUGAAAAGGAAAAAGAGUCGGAAGAGCAGGAGAAGAGACAGCGAGAAAUCGAGCGAAACACUUGCAAGAUCAAGCUUUUCUGCAUGCACCCUUCGAAGACGAUGGUCGAGAGCAAGCUGGAGGUGCACAAGGACAAAACUCUUACGGAAGCAACAGAAAUGGCCUACAAGCUGAUGGAGCUGGAGGAAACGGUCCCCUUGGACUGCUGUCGCCUGGUGAAGUAUGAUGAGUUCCACGAGUACCUGGAGCGCUCCUACGAGGGCGAAGAGGACACGCCCAUGGGCCUUCUCCUCGGAGGGGUCAAGUCCUCUUACAUGUUCGACUUGCUGCUGGAGACCCGCCGGCCAGAACAAACGUUCCUGCCUUACAAACCUGGAGAGGUGAUGGUGAAGGUUCAUGUUGUGGAUCUGAGAACCGAAACAGUCGCCCCUCCCAUCAGUGUUCGGGCUUACCUGAACCAGACCAUCACUGAAUUCAAGCAACUUAUUGCACAGGCUACAAGUCUCUCAGCAGAAACAAUGCGCGUUGUUCUGGAGCGUUGCUACAAUGACCUGCGGCUCCUCUAUGUUCCAAACAAGACACUGAAAGCGGAAGGUUUCUUCAGAAGUAACAAAAUUUUUGUGGAGAGUUCAGAGUCUGCUGAUCAUCAGGUCGCAUUCACUGACUCGCUGCUGUGGAGGCUUUUGGAUCGCCACGGGAAUACUAUUCGACUACUCGUCUUGCUACCUGAACAGUCUCCUGGCACUUUGGGCAGCAGAACUAUUUGCCAAAAGCUUGGCAGUGACUCGGAUGUGCCCUUUGAAGGGUCAAAAGGCAACAGGAAAUCAGUGGAGGCUAUCCUUGAGGAGAGCACAGAGAAGUUAAAGAACCUGUCUCUGCAACAGCAGCAAAGAUCCAGCACCGGCGACAGCCAGAAAAGCUCUGACACCAGUUACUUUGAACAUAUCGAAUCCCUGAGCCAAGAGGUGGACUCAAAUUCACCCUGCGUAGCCGCAGACAACAGAGACCUCGAAAACCGGAUCGGGGGCACCCCCGGGUGCAGGGUCAGUGCCCCAUCUGACCCAGAAAACCACUUUGCCUGCGAGGAGCGCUCAGACUCUGAGGUAAACAAUGACCGCAGCACCAGCUCAGUGGACAGCGACAUCCUGAGCUCGAGUCACAGUAGUGACACGCUGUGCAAUGCAGACAAUGGUCCAAUCCAGCUGGCCAAUGGCUUGGACUCGCACAGCAUCACUAGUAGCCGUCGCUCCAAAGCCCACGAGGGCAAGAAAGAGACCUGGGACACCGCGGAGGAAGACUCAGGGACGGACAGCGAGUAUGACGACAACGGGAAGGCUAAAUCGGAAGCCCGGUUCUUGUACUUCAGGACAGAACCUUAUUUCCAGGAUGACUCGGCCUGCAAUUCACAAAAAUGUUUAGUGGUUCAUGUGGACAAGAGGAUAACGUUGGCAGCUUUCAAACACAAUCUGGAGCCGUAUGUCGGCGUCACCUCGGCCCAGUUUAAAGUGUUUCGGGUUUACGCCAACAACCAGGAAUUUGAGAGUGUACGGCUCAACGAAACACUGUCGUCAUUCUCUGACGACAACAAGAUAACCAUUCGACUUGGGAGAGCCCUGAAAAAGGGUGAAUACCGAGUAAAAGUGUAUCAACUGCUAGUAAAUGAACAAGAGCCCUGCAAGUUUCUUGUCGACACGGUGUUUGCAAAGGGGAUGACUGUCAGACAGUCGAAAGAGGAGCUGCUGCCUGUCUUGAAAGAGCAGUGCAAGCUUGACCUCAGCAUUGACCGGGUGCGUCUCAGGAAAAAGACAUGGAAGAAUCCGGGUACAGUAUUUCUGGACUACCAUGUUUAUGAAGAAGACAUCAGCAUCUCCUCCAACUGGGAGGUUUUCCUGGAAAUCCUCACUGAACACGAGAAGAUGAAGUCCAUGUCGCAGCUGGCUGUCCUGACCCGCAGGUGGAGCCCGUCCACCAUGAAACUGGGUACCUUCCAGGAAGUGAUUCUGGAGAGCAGCAAUGUUGAGGAACUCAAGGAGAAGCUCAGUGAAAUUAGUGAUAUUCAUCUUGAUAAGCUGGAGUUUGCAAAGGGUCGAGGAACGUUUCCCUGUGACAUUUCUGUGCUGGAGAUCCAUCAGGAUUUGGAUUGGAACCCCAAGGUGUCGGCAUUAAACAUGUGGCCCCUGUACAUCUGUGAUGAUGGGGCCGUAGUCUUCUACAGAGAUAGCACCGAGGAACUAAUGGAGCUAUCAGAAGAUGAGCGCAGUGAACUCAUGAAGAAGGAAAGCAGCCGCCUGCUCAAGACUGGACAUCGGGUCAUCUACUCGCCGCGAAAAGAGAAGGCCCUCAAGAUCUACCUAGAUGGGGGUCCGGCCAAGGAUCCAGGGCAAGACUGAGUCCCGCAUCCUCUCCCUGUGUCAUUGGGAUCUUCCGGACACUCUCUGGGACUCAAUGUAGGUGAGCGGUCCGAAAAAGACUUGAACAUCGAGCGACGUUGUGAGGUUGAAAUGCUCUCUCACCCUCCACUCUGAGCUGGGAAACCCCAUUGUGCACUGUUAGGUUGUGUUGUACUGUCAAGUUUAAAGGGAAUCCGAGACGCUAUUUCUGACAUGGAAAAUGAAUCAAACACUGUUUAGACGAAUGGGCGUAAAGCUCUGGAGAUGCUCAAGCUUUGAGCGUAUUCAGUCGGUCUUCUUCUGCUUGUUCGGUCCGUCUCGAUUGUACCGCUUCUUCGGUGAUUGUUACGUGCUCACAGCUCUGCUUAUCAUCUUCCAUUGCUCACCUACCUUUGAAUUCUAUCCAAGCCAGCCUAGGUGACACCAAAAAUGAAUUCUCUCGGUGAUGCACGUUUCCACCUCUCAGUUGAUCUGCAAGCUCUCGGAAGUGAAGCAUCAUGACGUUGAAUGCCGCUCGACUGCGGGAAUGGUGUUGAGUCACAGGUUUGCUCUUCAGCUGAGCUUUUUCGCACGUCAUCACCUGCACCAGAUUUCGUCCGAUUGCGCUCUGCAGUUCUCCGCGUGGGAAAAAUCCAGUAAAGAUGAUCAUCAUAACUGUCUUGUUUUUGUAAAUUGUUUUCCUCCGAUUAUAAUCAUGCGUGGCAACUAUACGCGCACACGUCUGCCUACCUGUUGUCUUUCUUAAUGUUUCCUGGAUUUCUUUUUCUUAUCCCUUGCGUGCGACAUACUGAGAGAGGAUGGGAGCUCCCUCAUUGGGAUUUUUCAGCCGAGGGCAUGAGGUGGAGAUGGCGCUUAAACCCACUGCUACUUGAUUGAUGGACACCAGAGGGUGGAGAAAGUUCACCAGGCCGCCUGUGUCACGGCCUGCUGAGCUUCUGAUGCUGCCACCAGCUGUUCACUGUAAAAAUGAAAAUUCUUUUGGUUUUUUGUUUCCUCUGUUGGUGUUUCUUUUCUUUUGAGAUUCAAAUCCUGUGUGAAAAUAGUUUGAGAACAUUUUAGAAUUUAAUUAAAAUGCUUUAUUUCAUAA